AUGUUCUUAGCCAAUUUAUGCGGACAAAAAAUUACAGAUCAUUGUGAUCUACUAUUUGUUACUGCAUAUGAAGUUGAAUGGUAUAUAACUCCUCUAUGUAUACAAAAAUUUAUACUAUUUCUAUUGAUAAGAGGAAACAAGCAGUUUGGCCUAUCAGCUGGUGGAUUGUUCACAGCAUCCUUACAAUGUUUCUCAGUGCUCGUAAAUGCGUCCUUGUCUUAUUUCAUUGCCAUCUAUUCUAUGCGACAAUAACAGAGAUACAUAUCAAAUAAUAUAUUU